CGAGGAAAAAAGUGAGGUGAUGAAAAUGAAGAGGAGAAAGGUGACAGAAAUUGUUGUGGGGGGAAGGAAUUGUUGUUGGAAAAAACGGGACAGAAAAUGAGGGGAUUUUGAGGGGGGAAAUGAGAGAGGAGGAGAAACAAAAAAACGAUUUUCGCACUGCCACUAUUUUUGUUUCUUGACAAGUUUAAAUGAGGAAAAAAUGUAAAAAUGAAGGGAAGAAAAUGAAGAAAAAUUGGAUAGGAAGGAUCAUCGAUUCUCUAACGGGGAGAAGAAGAUUUUUACACAUAAACGUUGUAGAAAUAGGAUAUAUGCGGUCUAGAAAGGUUGUAAGGGGGCCAUAAAGGGUGAAGGGCACAUUAUAAUACUCUUGACUAACGGAGGGAGUGAAUGGGAGGGGAAAGAAUUGAAAGAAAAAUUGAAUGAAUGAAUGGAGGGGGGGGGGGGGGGAGCUAAAAAUAUUUGUUAUUAGAAGACUAAAAAUGGAGAAAAAAAAAUAAAUUUAAUAGAUCUAAUCAAUCGGAGACCUCCAUGUGAGAGAGCACGAAACUGAAAAAGCGGAGAUGGCAAAUAUGUGUUUGGUAAAGAUGCCGAUGAAACGAUAAAAAUUAUUUUACGUAGAGUUGGGAGAUCCAAGGGAUCAAUUAGCCUAAAGAUCAAAAGUGAGGUUAUCUGAAAUAUUUUUAGUGAUC